CGAAGCUUGAGCAUGCGCAGUUUUGCCUUUGGCAAAUUGUUACGGGCGCGGACUAAGGUCUAGUGAGGCUUGUUACUUUUCCUUAUGAACAAAAUUUUGUUGUUGUGUAGAGUCUAGUCUCUCGAAGCCGAAUUUUCGGAACAAGCCGUGUUUAAAGAAUCAAUGGCAAAGUCUUGUUUUUCCUAGUAGUAUCAACCAUUAAACUUCGGAACAGACCCUGGUCGAUUCCUUGUUCUAUAACUGUUAUUUUAUAUCCAGCUUGUUUUUGAAACAUGUAUGAAGUCUAGGAGGGAAGAAUUAUAUUAGAAUGAAAGCUGUUUUGUCUUAUUUCCUUAUAAAGGCAUUGUUUAGGAUUAAUUUUAGCUGAUGUUAAUGUAUUUUUAUUUAUGGUAUUAAAUUUAUAUGCAAAUUCUAUUGUUUUUGAGCAUUGAGGAACGCAAUGAACAGUUGAAGCAAAACCGUUUGAGUAUACAUUUCAUAGCAACUUUCUAUCAUCAUCAUGAUGCGAUCGUACGAAAGCAGUGGAAUCUCAGGUUAUUAUCUGGAACCAAGAACUGCAAGGUACUUUCGAGUAGUACCUAUUGGCUCGCCUCUAAUAAGUUUGUUAAAUGCUGCCCGCGAUGAAGCAGCUUCGACGGACUUCAAUACGGACAGGAGAAAAAAUGUGUAUGAAUCCACAUUUCCCAGAUAUAAAAGUGUUAUAAAUUGUUUGAAUGAUAAUCAAAUGGGAUCUUUAAAAUCAUUUAGCUAUCAGCAUGAAAUUGCAGCAUUAAAAAUGAAAAGUUUGCACUUGUCUCAUCAAUUUAUUUAUCCUAGUGCAAACAUGAACCUUAAAAUCCGUCUUCUAAGAGGAGGUAUUGAAAAUUUGUAUGGACAGUGGGUGUCACCGAUGAAAGGAACCGUAUUUUAUGCCUUUAGUGAUUUUACAGAUGUAAACCAACCUCCUGUAUAUGAAGCUUAUCGUUUUGAAAUUGCUUACCUUGGCCCUCGAAACAUUGCAGUUGAUAUGUGUGAAGGUUUUGCACAUCCUUUGUGUGUAUUGUAUGUUUGUAAUGAUUUCUAUACAGGACUUGGAGCAUCACGACUUACUUGGCGUCAAGAAUUUCACAAUGAUGCAGCAUAUGGAUCUCAAUCUUUUUAUGUGAAUAGUGCAAUUUGGUGUUGUUGUAGUAAUAGAUUUUCAGGACUUUUUGCUCUCGGAGUAGAAAAUGGGAUUUAUGUACAUAACAGCGAUACUUAUUUAUAUACUAAACAAUUCGAAGGGGAGGUACUUGGUGUACAUUUUAACAAAACAGGCGAGAUUAUUUAUGCUGGUAUAAACCAAGGUAAACUAAUUACAGUAGAUACACGAAUUCAUAAUCCUGUUUGUGAGACAAAACUGAAUGAUCAUGCACUUACUGAAGUUACUUUACUUGAUAAUGAAAAUUUCAUGCUUUGUGCUGGACUAGGUAACUUUUUGUGUCAGGUUGAUUUGAGAAUGCAGCGCAAGGUUGUAAAUUAUAUUGGAGAAUUUCGAAACACUUUGAAAAACCCUUUUAGUUUCGAUGAAACUUAUAAUGUUCUUUGUUCAACUGGGAGUGAUGAUAUCACUCGACUUUGGAGCUUAAGAGGAGGAAGGCCUGUAAAGACUGUUCUUCCCCCGAUUCCAGGAGAAGAAUGCCGAUCUUGGUUGAUGUGUGAUCCAGCAGCAAAACUGAGACUAUUGCUAGCCUGUAAAAAUAUGGUAUAUGUUCAUGAAUAUUGAAAAGAGCCAUUUAUGCAUUUCUCAUUUGUUUGUAUUAUUAUUGAGGACAAAUGCGUAUCAUAAAGUUCAGUGUAUAAUGGUCCCUUCAGUUUAUUGAUGAUGCUUUACUGUGCAUGCCUGCAAACAUAUGUAAAUUCACCAAAGAUACAGAUUUUAUGUAUUACAAUCUUGCAACAAAUGCUGAACAAUUAAAAAAAGGUGUAAUCAAUAUCGAUUUGGUUGAAGGUUCAGGGGAACUUACCAAUUCAUCUUUACGUGAAAUUAAAUAUUCUGAAAGGUGAUCUUGCUGCCUAUGAAAGUAAUUGAUGCAUUUGAAUCGAAUGUAAUUAUAACCUUAAUGUAUCGCUAUGAUGUGUAUAAAAUUUUUAUAUUUCACAUGAAAACUCAGUAAAUGGAUUGCAAUACUGCCAGAUGUUAUAGAUGUGCUAUCUAACUUUAUUGAUGAUAUUUUUCUGGCGGGCUUGUCUUCCCUAUGUUUCCAUCAUGAUGGCAUUCCAGGCGCAUACCACAUGCAGUGCAACAUAUUUGACCAACAGAUUAAUGGCUAUAAUAUUUAUAUGGAAUGGCCUCCACGAUCACUAGAUCUUACCCUAUUUGAUGUCUUCUUGUGGAAUUACGUCAAAUAUCAGAUGUAUGACACUUCAUCGGCAAGUUUUGUGAAUCUGUGGCUGCAUAUUAUCCAUAACUGUGCUACUGUCCACCAUAGCUGAUUAGGAAUGUGUAUGCCGACCUACUUGAUCGAAUACAAAUGAGAGAUUAUGACAUUUUUGAAUACACUUACCAUGCAUUACAUUUUUUUGUUUGUUAAUCUGUAUCUUUUACUUUUCCCAUGUACCACACUGAAUAACGCAUUUGGUUUUGACGUUUUUAUGUCUGCGCACAAUUUAUCAGGAUAAAAUGUUUAAAUGUUGCAUAUUUUUUCGUAGUUAUAUGGCCUCAAGGUUUUAAUCAGAUAUUUUGAUAGUUGUACGAGUUUGUGUCUUCAGAUUUCCCGCUCCUGAGUGAGUUUUUCAGAUUUUUUUAAUUACUAUUUUUGUUUACUUUCUUCGUUACUUAAUUCCUCUCGUUGCUCUGAAAGGGUGCCUGGAUUCUGAAGACGACGUUUUAUUCUUUUCGAUAAAACUAUGAUAAUAUCGGAGAAUACAUUUUUCAAUUUUAGGAUGAAAUCUUUUUUAAGGCACGGGAAGCUCAUAAUUUUAAUCGCAAAUAUCUGUGCCAAUUUUAUAAAUAAUUCCAUGAAAUUUUCUCAUGAGUUUUUUUUAUGGUAUAGUGUACAAUUUUCUAACUGGACUAUCUAGGAAAAUAUUUACAUUUUCUGUACUGAAUAAGGUAGCAUUUUCGAAAUAAACGUUUUCAUUUAAAUUUGUGAUAACUCCUUUUAAAUUUAAAUAUGAACAUAUCUCGUCAAAUUUUGUAGAUAGAAACGUGAAACUUUGUAUGUGCAUAGAUAGUUAUAAGAAAAACAUUCUACUAAUUGAUAAUUUUAUACAGUAGGGGUGUAUAAAAAUUUAUUUUAAAUUUUUUUACUAUAAUUUCCCACAUAAGCUAAAGGGAUUUCCUGCAACUGCCUAUUUUAUUUAAUGAAACUUAGAACUAGGCAUAUGCUUAGAUACAGUAUUUAGAGAAAUAAAAGCUUGUUUCACUUUUUUAGUAUACCCUAUGUAUGUUAAAACCCAAAGAUCAGGGUUGCCACUCAAAUCUAAAAAAAAAAAAAAAAAAAAAAAAACAUUUUUUUUUUCAGUACGUAUAUUCGAGAUACAAGGAAAUGCAAAAAUAGCACUCUUGUGCAAGUUAUAAUGUGUUACCAUGAUACAAAUUAUUUAAUGAUUAUUUAACAACAAAACAUUACAAAGCAAAAUUACUUUUUAUUUAUUCAUUUUUGUCAACACAUGUAUUUGGGCAUCAAUUUCUUCAGAUUUUUUUUGCCAUCAGUUUCAUGGAGAUAUUCCUUAACAAAUAAGGUACGGCAUUUUUGGCUAUUUCACCUUUAGUGAAUCUGAGAAAAUAUUUCAGAUAUAUCACUGAAUGCAUUCAAGGACGAGUGUGAUGCAAUAUGUUUUAAUGCCCAUAAAAAUUCAGCCUUAAAUGAUUGUUUUUGAAUUAAAAGUUCGAAAUCGAUUUAUUUUUUGGACUUCACAUAUCACCUACAACUUCAUUCCUUUAGAUUGAAAGUUUAAUAUUAAUUAUGACUUAUUUGAACUGACACGCAAUUUCGUUUCCCUUUUUUGGCAUGACUAAUAAGUGUCUGUUUUCCCGUAUAACGUAGGCUUAUUAUUUUCUUACAAAGCAAGCAGUACGCUAUAAAUGGAUUUUGCGGCACUUCUUGAACCUAUUCAGCAAAUUCAGGAUUGAAUUUUUUUUUUAUCCGUCCAAUUUGUAUUAAAUAUGGAUUUUGAGCAACUCGUUUGAAAAAAAAAAAAAAAGUUCUUUAAUCUACUCUGAAUAAGCUCACAAUUACUCAAAUGAUAAACAAACCUUAAACUCACGUGGGAGUGACUAAAUACCACCGCGAUGCGUCCGCAGAUUGAAUGUUGUUAUUCCUGCAGAGAAAUGUAUUCUAAUCUUUCACACAGUUACAGAAGUGUCGCGCAUGCUCAUUAGCUGCAAUUCGAGAAUCGGGGUAAAAGAACAACUGUCUCGCAAAUCGAAACUGGACUGAUCUAUACAGAAAAAAAAGGGAAAAAGAGUUAAAAGGUGCGAGUUUCUGCAUUACAUAAUCACGAAUGGUAUUGUUUCGUUUUUGGAAGCGAUGACUACGAUAUUUUAUUCUUGCAAUCUUUAGAAAUCGGCAUUUUUUAGAUAGGAUAAAAAUAACUAAGAAACUUAUAUUUCCCUGUAUUUCCCCGGUUUUUUUUUUAGUCAAUUCCCUGUGUUUUCUUGUGGAGUGGCAACCCUGAAGGUACAAAUGUUACUUUUGUAUUAUAUAUAUGUAUGUAUUGAAAUUUAUCUAUAUAAAUAAAAGUGAA